AUGCGGCAGGCGGCAGCAGCAGCAGCGGCCGCCGCCGCCGCCGGGGACGCGCUCAGCAGCGAAGACCAGCCAGGCAGCAGCGGCGGCAACGGCGGCAGCCUGCGGCGGGAUGAGUGGGUGGUGCCGCUGCCGCCGCACCUGCACGGCAAGGCGCCGCGGCGGCACUGGAAUGCAAAUGCCCUGGCCUUCCUGGGAGACUCUGUGUGGGAGCUGUAUGCCCGUCGCCGCUUCUUCUACCCGCCCAGCCGCAAGGAGAGCUACUUCAGCUCGGUGGUGCAGCACGUGCGGGCGGAGACACAGCAGCAGCACGACGCGGCAACACGAUUCUUGACAGCUGCUGCUGCCCUGGGACGCAUCCCUUCCUGCCGCCUGCGCCGCAGGAGCGGCCGCGUGACGCCCAAGCGGCUGUCGGACACGGGGCUGAAGCGGGAGACGUACCGGGCAGCCACGGCCAUGGAGUGCCUGUCGGGAUACCUGUACCUGUCUGACCCUCCGCGGCUGCACGACAUGAUGUGCCUGCUGGGCCUGGGCGACGCGCCGCUCGACUGCGGCGGCAGUGGGGUGGCCGGCGCAGACGGUGGACAAUGA